AUGUCUCUGGGACAGGGCUGUUUUGGUUUACCUGAGCAACAUAAGAGGUAUGACCCUGGCCUGAUCCCCAAACCCCCAGCAGAUUUUGGAACGUCUCAGCUCCACUACUUCGAGGACUGGGGUGUGGUGACGUAUGGCAGUGCUUUGCCUUCUGGCACCAACAGCUCCUUUCUGUCCUUCAAGUCUGGGAAACUAGGGGGACGUGCCAUCUUUGACAUCGUUCACAAUAACAAGUACAAAGAGUGGAUCAAAGGCUGGAGGAACUUCAACGCUGGUCAUGAGCACCCAGAUCAGAACUCUUUCACCUUUGCACCCAACGGUGUCCCGUUCAUCACAGAGGCACUGUAUGGACCCAAGUAUACUUUGUUAAACAAUGUGGCAUUGUUUGGCUCAACCCUAUCUGGGAGCUGCUUUAAACCUUGGGCUGGACAAGUAACAGAAGCCUGUGACUCUAAGUGGUUAAAGUACAAGGUGGGCCUUGCAGCCGAUGCCCAGGGCAGAGUGGAAGCUGCUAUAAAGAGAGAGGGAAUGGUCUUCAUUCGUGGCGAAGGACAUUCGGCUUAUAACCCAGAACUGAAAAUCAGGAACUUCCAGAGGAACUUGCUGCUUCUUCACCCACAGCUUCUGCUCAUGGUUGACCACAUCCACCUGGACCCAGGGAGCCCAACCAGGGCCAUGAGUGCUUUCUUUCAUAACACAGAGCUCCCAUUUCAGAGUACAAAAGUAGAUGGUGUUCAUGGAGCAUUUGUAACACAUGGGAAGGAGAACUAUAAGAUGUUUUGGAUGGAUGACACAAACUCCAGUAACAAAGGGAUGGUGGGUUACUGGAGUUACCCUCGAGGGUAUCCGUAUAAUGGCUCCAAUUAUGUGAAUGUAACAAUGCCCCUGAGGUACCCGCACACAAGGGUGGCCUAUAUUUUCUUUGGACCAGGCUUGGAUGUACAGAGCUUCAGCUUACGUGGGCAUGAUCAGCAGGUGGAUAUUUACCUAUCCACCAAAGACCAUACCUACACCAUCUACCUUCUGACAGGGGAGGUCACCAGCAAGCCUGUGUUCGCCAUAGUGCUGCUGGACCACAAAAGGAUUGUGUUUGAGAGAGCAGCAGCUGUUGUAGACAGCUUCCCUGUGGAAGUUGAAGAAUACGCCAAUGUGAUGGAGGACAAUCUCCAGCAUGUCAAACCUGUCUUCCAGCAGAUGGAAAGACACAUCCUGGGAAGAGUCCUCAACACUGCCAGCUUCCGUAGGACCGCUGAGCACCUCCUCCAAUUCUCUGACAAGAAGAAGACAGAGGAGGUCAUUAAGAAGAUGUUUGCUAUGUCCAAGAAACAGAACAAGGGUAAGGGGGGAAAGAGGUUAAACCUUGGAGAGAAGCUGUCUGAGAAUCUGCCUGACAUUUUUGCACAAAUUGAGGUCAGCGAAAAGAAUGAGAGACAGAGAAUAUCAAAACAUACAUAUGAGGACAGUCCAGAGGAAGGGGAUGCAGACUCAAGGGCCUUUGUGGAUUAUCCAGCUGGUCACAGGAACAGGAAGGGGGGCUUAGUUAAAGGCCGCAGGUUUAAGGAGGUUCACAUUGUGGCCACAGCAAGGAGUGAGGGGGUCUCUGGUAACCCCUCCUACAUUAGACUGUUCUUGCUUAUGAACACCACUACCUUCUUCCUACUGCUGGCUGUUCUGCUUACUCGAUUUCAGAGGGGGCGGAGCCUCCACACACAGAGGUGCUUUUACACCAUUGUUUUGAUUGACUGCUUCAUCCUGCUGUACCUUUACUCAUCGUGUUCUCACACACAGUGCUGACACCCUGAACCCCUCCGCAUGACAGGAUGUCCUGUCUGUUCAGGGUGAACUGAAAACACACUCCUCUUUGUACCAGAUCUGAUAGCAAAUCAUUAAGGCCACUGUUUAGGAAAGUUAAAAAAGUUUUUUAAAAAGUUAAUUUGUAACUGUCCAGGAAAACAACCAAAAUGACAUAAAAAGACAAAGAGCACUAAAUGUAUGGAUGUAGUACAUUCUUGGUCCACUCAAAUUUUAAUUAUACAUUUUCUUCUUGAUUUCCACCUUCUGAAUAUCAUUAUUUCUUCUAGGAAUGUCUUAUAAUUCUCUUUUUAAUAAAACUAGUAAGCUUUUAA